AUGGACGGUAGUCAAUCAGCCAGACUGAUUGUCGAACGAACACGGACUGUAAGUCGUUCAGAAGAGCCACAGUUUAAACCAAGCAACUUAUCAUCAAGUAGUGGCGUUAUAAGAAGGAAUUCAGCCUACACACACACUUCUAGGUUCAAAGUGAGUUUUCAAAAAAUUUUAUUUUUAAUUUUUUUUAUUUUUGUAGUUUUUGGUCUACAAACUGUCACAGUUUUCUUCAAUGACAUUUUUUUAUAAAAUGAGCUGCUUGCUAUUCCCAGGGUUUUAGUAUCAUUCUCACGCAUUAAAUACCAAUAUAUUAGAACUUUCUUUGCAUGAAUAUACCUUAUCAAAACUUAUUAUAAAGUUCGAUUUUAGCUUUAUAUAGGGUGCGGCAAAAGUUCCGUUACACAAAUUUAUUGUAACAGAACUUUUGGCGCACUCUGUAUACAAGCCCAUCUUAUGUAAAAUUGAAAAAUCUUCAAAAUUUUUAAAAAUCUUUUGUAUCUCGUGCUGAAAAAUGUUAAAAUAAGAAAGAAAAUUAAAAAAAAAGACAAUAAAAUUAGCGUUAAAACAUCUGACGGAUUAAUACACGGUCGGAGACUUGUUAAGUUGGUUUUCCACGCCACUGCAAAUUUGUUAAUUCGUAAGGAGGAGGAUAUUAAUGUACGUGCUGUUCGAGCACGUUCUUGGUUUUUGGAAGACUCUUUUUGGGAUUUUAAAAUUCCUGUUUUUUAACAAUUUUUUAGAAAAUUUUUUAUUUGCAGUGGAACUCUUCUAUAACGAACUUUUCUGUAACGAAAUCCUUUAUAAUAAACUGCUGUAUAACAAAAAAGCAUCAAAUGCCCAAGCAAUUAGUUAUACAGCAUUUCUACUGCAAUUUAAGGUUGAACAGUGCCAGAUUUAUGCAAAAAAACAGUCACGUAAACCUUUUUAUCUGACUUAUUUUAAAGUUAAAUUUAAUUACAUUGAAAGUAAUUAUUCAGUUCCUCCGAACGUAUUUACAGAGAGUUGUUUUGGCUUACGUAGGGUUAAAAGUCAGCUAUUUUUUGGCAAAAAAUAUCUUUGAUUGAAAAUUGGACCGCAGGGUUAUGAGGGAGAUUUUUUGUAUUAAAGGGGUGGGUGAAUCAAUUUUUUUGCUUGUAAGUAAGGACACAGACUAUUAGUUAUAGUCUAUAACUGAAAGAAAGCCCUCGGGGCCGGGCUGAAGCUGAUUUGAAAGUGCCAACCGGAUCAUGCUGGUUUUAGCUGAGAAUUUAAAAACUAUUUUACCCCUUCCUUAUCUUUAUUUCUGUUCUAAGCUCUUUAGUCUUUUCGUGUCUUACUAUUCAACUCUACUUUACAAUUAUUAGUCUUACCCUAGUCAUUUUUUCGCCCUAUGUUAAUCGUCGUUAUAGUCUCAACUCAGCUAAAGCCUGAUCCUAUAUCAGCUAAACCGUAGAAAAGGCCUACUAGUAGCCAGGCCGGGCCGGAUCAUGCUAGUCUGAGGGCUGAGUUUAGAUAAAGGCCACCGGGGUUCAGCUAAGGUCUUGCAACAAAAGAUAAAAUAAAAAAAUUGGGCCUGACUCUUUUAUGCUUCUGACACAAACUUUUUUUCUAAUUUUUUGCCUUAAGAUCGACAGUAGAGAUCAACCCAAAUUUUUGUAAAAGUUCAAACAGAUCAUGUUUUUAAAAACUUUUUAAAGUGCUAAGAUGAUUGUUGUUUGGUGAAAGGAGGGUGGGAAGAUGAUGGUUGAUCUUCAUACGCAAAUUUGUUUUUCAUAAUCGUUCUUCAGAGUUUUAUAGCUUUUUUUCAAAGGGCAGAACUAUAAAGAACAGUGUUCUUUUGCGACUGUAGUAGUGGUCAGUAACCACUGGUCACUCAUGUUUUUACGCCUAGGGGUAGUUUUUAAAUUUUUAUUGAAGCUUGCUAAUUCAAUGUAAUUUCUUUUUAAAUUUGUAAUUUGAAAAUUAUUUUUAUAGCGUUUAAUGUUGUAGGUAAAAAGUUAGUAAGGUAUUAGGUGCUUACGUUUGUAAGUGCAGAAAGCAGAACAUUGCUACUUACUAGGAAAAUACAUUUUCAAAUUUAAAAAGCAUCACGCAAUAUUUAAUAUCCAGGGGCAAAAUUUAAUUAAAAUGGUCUUUUUGCACUUUCAAAAGUAUAAUACAGUUUUUGGGAUUUUUAAACUUCAAAAUAUAGUUUAAAAGGCUAAAAGAGAGCAAAAUUUAAACAUUUUAUCAAUGUUAUCAGUGCUAAACGGCUGAUUAUGGGAAAGACGGUAAAAAGAAUAAUUGGGGAAGGGGGAGAUUUUUUAUUUGAGAAGCUUACUUUUGACCCCACCCUACCCUCACUUAUCUUUACCUAUCCCCUUAUACCCUCACCUACCCUCAUCUACCCGCACCACCGAUCCCUUCUUACCCUAGCUUACUCUAGUCUACCUUACCACCCAAUUUUGCCUUCUGUAUUACUCUGCCUUAUUGUAUUUUAUUAUACUCAUCCCACCCUACCCCUUCUACUUCCUCCUUUACAAUCUUUCCCCUUCUCCUCCCCCCUUUUUUCCUAUACAUUAGACUGCCUCUGUUGUCACAUUAUCACAAUGAAACUAAAUUGAAAUUUGGCAAAAGUUUAAUCAAACAGACCGUUCAUUCCAGGACAAUAUCAUCACUCUGUCCCAUCGUUUUUCAAAAAUUGUUUCAAAAAGUUCAAAGGCCGUGACGUCGCGAAUAUUUACAAAAUCUUGACACUUGAUUCAUAUUUUUGGCUAAAGUGCUGACUCUUUAAUUUGUCUCUUCAUUCGCAGGUGGUUAACAACACUGUACCGAAUGAACCUUAUGGCGGAUAAGGCGAAUUCGUUGCUCGUGCCAGGAGAAGAAGGCAGGACGCGCAAGCUGAGUGGUCGAUUUUAUGUACGAGUGUUCAGAGGUUGUUACCGUAAUUAAAAUUAAAAAUUUUUAAAAAAUUUAAAUUUUUUAAAAAUCAAAAUUUUUAAAUUUAGGUAACAUUUUAGCUUAAUAAAUUUCAAAAAUCAAUUGUUAAUACUUGUUAUCUCUUGUCCUAAAUAAGAGACGAAGAAGGGGAAAGUUUAAAGCUGGUUUGUGAACGAGUCCUCCCCCCUUAUCUUCCUCUUCUUUACCCUGGAAGGCUUUUAAAAAUUCCAAAAAUAAAAUUUUCUUAAAAUUUAUAUUGAAAUAUCUUUUAAAAAAAGUUUAAUUAGCGUUUUGAAGUCUAUAAAAAAAAGUUUUUUUUAGGUAACACCAUCCAGUAGUAAUAUUGUCAACUUGGAUACAAGCGGUGACAACCCAAAUAAUGAAGAUACAAUUGGUCCACAGAUACGAAAAGCAUCAGCUCCAGCAUUCACUACUGGAUGUAAUUAUACCAACAAUAAUGAUGUAGGCUUUUAACCACAACCCGUUUUUAAGCCAUAUCUACUAUAAUAUAAAGCCUAGUAUUUAAAAUAAGAUGGUAUAUAAAAUAAGUAAAUAAAUACGAUAACAUUUUAAGAAAAAUGAAUAGUAUUACAUUAUGUAGCAUAAAGUAUGCAUGCAUGUUGCCAUUUUCAGAUCCUACAAAAAGAAAACAGUGCUCCAGUAAACAAUAAUCUGGAUGAUGAACAAGCUGAGCAUCCACACAAAGGCGUUCAAUUUGAUGUUGGUCCUGAAGUUCAUGAUGUAAAUACGACAAUAGGAAGUGGGAGUGGGGCUGAGAAUACAAUCACCGCCAAUUUGAAAAGUUGGAGGUAAGAGAAUAGAAUUUUAUUUUACCUGUGGUUCCUUUAGGGUGUUACAAAAGUCUUGUCGUCAUCUACCAUUGUUUUGCAUGGUCAGAAGCGGCAAGAAUUUUUUGAAAAUUUUCAAUUAAGCUAGUAAAACAAAUGUAAUGUCUUACCUUUCUUCUUACUUCAAUUUAUCUUUUUCUAUUCGCGAAAUGUCAAAAAUCUUAGACGAAGUGUCAAAAACUGUCAGAAAAACUAAAAUAAUUUUAUUUCUCGCUAUUUUUCGAUAUUAUUUUAGAUGUUUCGAUGUAUUUUGAAGUAUUUCAAGUGUCUAAAAUACAUUUGGCUCUUAAAAUUCGUAUUUCAUUAUCUAUUUCAAUAUAAGAUGGCAGAACUGUAUGAAUCUAUCUUUUGUUUCUCUAAAUAACAUUAUGUUUCGUCUUCUCAGAUGAACUUUUGCGUUAACCUUUCGGUACCGUAAAGUAAGUUGUCUAACCUAAUUUUUAAAUAUUUUUUAAACGUUUUUUAAGGUUUUAAAAAAAUAGUUUUAGAUAUUUCAAACGUGUUUGAGUAUAAAUAGGCGAUAAGAUAUUAUAGUACCUGUUUUUGACGGGUUUUUUGCUUUGAUUCGAUUUUUCAGAUUGAUUUUAGAAACGUCAAGCAUAGAAAAUGAAUGUAGAACAUAGAGAAAAUACUUUUAUUGCUUUUAGAUUAAAAAUUAUAUUAGUUUAAGUUAUGUUAUGGGUUUAAAAUUAAAAAUAAACCUUGUAACACUACUUUUUUGGGUUUUUUUCUUUUAUUGUACCACAAAACCUUGUCUUAUCCAGUUGUAUUACCCUGGUUUAUCUUGUGUAACUUUAUAAAAUAUUAAGAAUAUACUGAUAGAAUAGUUUUUUUGAUUUUAGGUACAUGAAAACCUUGGACCACCCACCUUUGUUGGACUUUUAUCGCAAUUCCACUGACGAAACCGGCCCUUCCGCUCAUCGGCCGUCGAUGCUGGAGCUAUUGCACGGUGAAAAAGCAGAUGAAGUUAAGAAUUUUCAGAAACAGAAUGAAGAUCUGGUUGAUCAACAUCUUUCGCACGAAUGUUUGAGUGAUAGUAAGCUAUUGGAGGAUGAUCUAGAUGAUAAAGAUAAGAAGAAGAGCAAAAAGAGCAAAGUUGAAGACAAAGAGUUUACUAUACCCUUAAUGGAAUCAGCGUCGCCAGUGAAGAUCAAUCCGAAGAUCAGUACGCCAAGGAAAAAGUUUGGCUGGAUUGAGGGAGUUUUCUUCAGGUAGGUGUGGGGUUAUCUACUACAAUAUGGUGAUAUUGUUGUAGCCGGUGGAAACUGUUUUAUUUGAGAUCCUCUCUAUGGGUAUAAAAGCGAAGAUAAAGCUUUUUUCAAUUUAAAAAUGGAAAACCGUAAUUAUAUUACCUAAAAUAAUGUUUUUAAUGUUAAAAAUAUUGUUUUUACUGAUUAAAGCAAUUUUUUUCAGAUGUGUACUAAACAUUUUUGGAGUAAUCCUCUACCUCCGAGUAGCAUGGGUCAGUGGUCAAGCUGGUAUAGCUUUGGGACAAGCCGUGGUACUUCUAGCGUCAACAGUGACAACGAUAACAGCCUUAUCAACAUGUGCAAUAUGCACGAAUGGUGAAGUUAAAGGAGGAGGAGCAUAUUUCCUGAUCUCCCGGUCAUUAGGACCUGAGUUUGGAGGUUCAAUUGGACUAAUAUUCUCUGUAGCCAAUGCUGUUGGUGCUGCUAUGUAUGUGGUUGGGUUUGCGGAGACAGUGCGAGACAUGAUGAAGGAGCAUGGAGUGGUUAUCAUUGAUGGAGAGAUGAAUGAUGUUAGAGUGAUUGGAUUGGGUAGGGAUUUUAAUUUUAAGUUUUUAAUAGGUUUUAGUUUAUGAACUUCAAAUUUUUUUUUGAAUUUAAUUUUUUUUUAAAUUUUGAUUUAAAAAUUUUUUUAAUGGAUUAAAGUUGAAAAUUUCAGUGACAUGUGUAAUAUUGAUGGGAAUCAUCUUCAUUGGAACUGAUUUCGAAAGCAAGAUGCAAAUGGGACUAUUGGUGGUGCUACUACUGUCAAUUUUGAACUAUUUUGCUGGUACUGUCUUACAACCUACUGAAGCUCAACAACUUCGAGGAAUUACUGGAUUUAGUUGUAGGUUUUUGGGUUUUACUUUUUUUUUGUAUAUAAAAUGAUUUUUUUUUGCUAAAAAUUAGUUGUUGUAUACUAAAAACUACUUUAAUAUUCUAUUCCAGUCUAUACCUUCAAAGAAAAUCUUCUGCCUCAGUUCCGAGAUGGCUACAACUUCUUCACAGUCUUCUCUAUAUAUUUCCCUGCAGCUACAGGAAUCAUGGCUGGAGCAAACAUCUCUGGCGACCUUACAGACCCUCAGAAGGCGAUACCUUUGGGCACUUUAAUUGCCAUCGCUUUUACCACGGUAAUAUACAUCUUCUUGAUCUUUGUAACAGGCUCAACAGUGCUUCGUGAUGCUGAUGGAAUUCGUUUACCUGCUCUUUUGGAGACACUGAAUUCUACUGUUGCUGGUAUAAGCUCUGGAGAAGGUGCUUUAGGGUCAGGAGCUUUGAGAUCGGAUGCUAUCGCAGCGUCUUCAUCAAGCUACAGUCUCCAGACUCCUUUAACCUACAGUCUUCUAAAUCCAUCUUCUUACGGCCUACCAAACCCUCAACCAUUAGCCUCAUACGUGAUGCCCAAUUGCGUACUAAAUAGCACGUGUCCGUACGGAUUGAUGAACUACUUUCAAGUAAUGGAAACCGGCUCUCUAUGGGGCCCUUUAAUCACCGGAGGCAUCUUUGCAGCCUCGUUAAGCUCAGCUCUAGCAUCUCUGAUCAGUGCGCCGAAGGUAUUCCAAGCUGUAUGUAAGGAUGGGCUUUUCCCCUACAUUACCUACUUUGCUCACGGCAGUGGUAAAGAUGACGAACCAAGAAGGGCAUACUUUUUGGGAUUUGUACUGGCUAUGCUGAUUGUUUUAGUUGGAGAUUUGAAUGCUAUCGCUCCAAUCAUAUCAAACUUCUUCUUAUGUUCAUAUGCCUUGAUCAACUAUGCGUGUUUCGACAAUUCUUUUGCUCAUUCCCCGGGUAGGUUUAAGGGUUGUUAUCUAUAAUAAUAAGAAUUUUAAAGAUAUUUUUUAAAAUUGGCUGGGGAGUUAAGGUUUGAAGUUUGUAUUUUAGGUUUAAAAUGAACUUUUUAUGCUUUAUUAUGAAAUUUUGAAAAAUUUUUUUUAAUUUUAUUUUUUAGGUUUCCGACCAGCCUUUAAGUACUACAACAUGUGGGUAUCAUUGGUUGGUGCCAUUAUGUGUGUGACCGUUAUGUUUAUUGUUUCAUGGUUAACAGCUUUACUCACCUUUUUCUUCUUUGCUCUAUUGUUCAUGUAUCUAUCUCACAGGAAGCCAGGUAAAGCUUAAUCUGACAUAUAUAUAUCGUACUUUCGUUUUUUAUCACAGUAUUAUCUUGUUAUUAGCAGUGGUAUAACAGUAUAAAAAGAAAAUAGGUUAUAACAUUAUGUAAAAAACAUACUGUUAUCUACAAUUAUAUAAUUAUGAAGUUGAUGACUUUGAAGUUUAAAUUUAAUAUUUCCAGAUGUAAACUGGGGAUCGUCAACUCAAGCCCACUCCUACCGUAAUGCUUUACAUGGCAUGACAAAGCUAGAGAAUACAGAUGAGCACGUUAAGAAUUAUCGACCACAAAUCAUGGUACUAACUGGUAAUCCGGCAGCAAGGCCAAGCUUGGUUGACUUUAUCAGUAAUAUCACAAAGGACACGAGUUUGAUGAUCUGUGGCUAUGUUGUUCCUGUAAGUUUUUUUAUUCCUUUGCGUGUUUUUUUUACCUUUAGAUGCUUUGUGGUAUGGCAAGUUAUUUAGAGUACAAUUUUUCUUAUAUAUAGUACGAUAAGGUAAAGUAAAAUAGAAUGUUUUUGCUUAGUCAGACCAGUAUUCAAUAACAAUAACUUAUCUAAUGUUACAGUACAACCCAUCAGAUCAAGUGUUUGCAAUGCUUCGCAAAUUGAACGAACAGCUACGUUACUGGCUACGAAAACGACAUGUCAAAUCAUUUUACAUCUCCAUCGCCAAUACCAGCUUCAGAUCAGGCGUACAAUCUCUAAUUCAGUCAUCUGGUUUAGGACGUUUAAGGCCAAAUGUCUUGGCUAUGGGUUUUAAACAGGACUGGCAACAGAAGGGAAAGGCUGGGCUUUAUGGCAUUCAAGAGUAUUUUGGCAUUAUACAGUAAGUUCUUGGCGUUUUAUUGGGAAUACAGUAAUAUUUCAAUAUAUUCUUGUGUUUUAUGUUUUUAUAAAAGAUUAUCUCCAUAAGACAAUUUUUGCUACAGUAACUACAAACCCUUACAGGGAUGCCUUCGAUGCCAAUCUAGGUAUCAUGAUCUUGAGAGAAAACUCUGGAGGCUUGGACUUUAGUGAAAUGAUGAGAGCUCACAAUAUUGGAGACACAAAUCGCCUCAAACUACCCGAUCUUUCUACCGUAACCAUCAGGCCAAAUGUCUCGGAUAAAAGUCUGAAUGUGACAGCAACGAAUGCCUUAGCAACUCAAGUCAAUUCGUCUGUAAAUAGUGUCAAUACCUCAAAGUUGGGUGAACAGAAAACUGAUUCAACGAAUGUUGUAGCCAACUUGGGAUUGAUUGAAGAGUCUUCAAAUGCUUUUAGCUCGAACAAUAGUAGGUGUUUGACAUCAAACGUUUUAUAUAGGAAGAUCAUGUAGCUAUAAGGUCUGAAAAUCGAGAUCAAAAAAUGAAGUUUUGAAUUUCCUGCCAAAUUGGCAUUGUGUUUCAAGCUUAUAACUUUGUCAUUUUUUGACUUUUAGAAAUUUUCUUUGAUAUACUAGUAGAAAACCUUUAAAUUAACCUACACUUUUAAAUUUGUAAGCGUAGCUUGCGUGGAAAGUUUGGAAAAGUGCUUGAAACACAAUGCCAAAUUUGCCAAGUUGGCGGGAAUUUCAAAUAUUUAAAUUUUAAAAAUCAAAAACGCGAGCUAAAAAUUGGAUUGUCGGCUAAAAAGGACUUGAACUAUUUAAAAAUUAGAAUAUUUUACUUAAUUCUAUUAUACUAUACUUUUUAGGCUCAUUCCGGGAAAGUCAUGUCCAGUUGGACGAGGACUAUAUCUCAUCUCAAGAAGAAUAUGAAGAAGAAGCUGAAAGUGAAGAAGAAGACAAGGAAAAGAAGUUGAAUAAUGCAAGUUCGAACGAGUUGAAGGAUAUGGAAGAAGCUCGAAAAGUCAACUUUGAAACCCUUGGACCUUCAGAUGACAGGCGGAAACAUGUGAGGAGGAAAACGUAAGUUUGUAUAUUUUACUGAGACAUUCUAAUAAUUAAUGUAGGCUAUAAGUAUUAUAGAACGUAGCUUUUUUUUGACUUUGCUAUCAUACAUAUCUUCCGGAAUAUUUUUAAUUUUUUUAAAACUAACUUUUCUAUUUAUGAAUAACCAGUAUAUUAUAGUAUAAGGUUGACAUUUCUUUAUUUUCUUAUUGGUUUUAGAAGGAAAUCAGCUGAUAAUGGACAUCUCUUUACAUUAAGAACGUAUGUUAUGUGUAGAGGUGUAGUGAACCUUGUUUUUAGUUAGUAAAAGUUGUGGUACUUUUUGUAUAGGUGCUAUUAUGUGUAGUUUAUAUGUAUGUAGUCUUAUUGUUUGGAAUGUGAUGUAGUGUGAUAAUAUUAAACUCUUUUGCAUGACUUAAUGUAUACAAUGAAAACCUCUCUAGUAUGACCUUCGAUAGUACCUCUUUAUAAUUACAGCUUUUUGACUGUUCUUUGUAAUAGAACUCUUUUCAAAACUUACCUGGAUAGUGUGACGAUGUGCUUAUAAUGUACUUUGUUCUACUCCCUUGAGUGUCAUUUCAAAAAGGCUUGACUGUAUUAGGUACUGACCGAGAAAAUGUGAUGAAAUUAUAAAAGUGCAUAUAUAAAUUUUACAGUUUGGUAUUGUAAAUGAAAGCUGACAGUGUCAGCUGCAAGACAAAUUUGGUUUGACUGUUGAAGUUACCUACAAUUUUCUACAAUUUAGAGUUUAGUAUUAUCUGAAUGUCUCUAGUGUAAUAUAAAUAAAACAUCAAAAUUUUUUUAAAAAGUUGAAAAUUUUGAUUUUUAUUUGACAUUGUAAAGUGAGCUGACAUUAGCGUGCAGCCUAAGGCUAUUGACGUUAUUCUAGGUAUAAAAAAUUUAUUUUUAAUAAUUACUUUUUGAGAUAUGAAAUGUUUAACCUUAUUAAUAUUGUGUGGUAGUCUGUUUAAUACUUUUAUCGUUUUUUAUUGUAAUAAGUCACAGAAAAACGCUUUUUGUAUUCCAUCGUAUUUUACCUUAUAUUUUGUUAUUUAAUUUUAGUUCACGGCGCCUAACAUCAGCUCAAAAGGACCUUCUUUUCUCGAUAAACAAGUUCCAACGCAAAGUAAAGAAAGGUGUGAUAGAUGUUUGGUGGUUGUACGAUGAUGGAGGUCUCUCUCUACUGGUACCAUACCUUCUAACUCAGCCUAAAUCGUAUCUUGAGAAUGCGACACUUAGGUUAUUCACUAUUUCAACGUCGGCUUCUGGAAUGCAGUUGGAACAUCGUGCUAUGGUUUCACUUCUGAGCAAAUUUCGAAUUCAGUUCUCGGAUAUUACUGUAAUCCCGGAUGUUGGAAGAAAACCGAAGAAGGAAACGUAAGUUGAAGUUUUACAUCACUUUUGUUAUGGCGUCGUACGUUAAAGUUAUUGUGCUUUUGAUUGCUCUAGCUCAUCUUACUUUUUUCUAUUUUACCUUCGUUUAUACCACUCCAUCUUAUCAAAAUCUGCUUUACUCUACUUGGUUUACACAACCGUACCUUAUCCUAACAUGCCCUAUCUUACUCUUCUUUGUCCUACUCUACUUUACCUACCUUACUUUGCCUUGCUUCACUUUACUCUACUCUAUCUUAUCGUACCUUAUUUUGCCUUACAAUACUCUACCCUAUUAUAUCUUAUCGCACUCUACCCUAUCAUACCUUAACCUACAUUACCUUUUAUGACCUUACUGUGCUCUAUCUCGAUCUACUUUACUUUGUUUUACUUGACAUUACUCUAUCUUGGUUUUGGUUAUUAUAAUGUCACCCUUGCUUUGCCCUACAACAAAACAUCCUAUAAACAAGCUUUCUUACAGUAUUCAAGAAUUUAACAACCGAAUUGAACCCUUCUGUGGUGAUAAACCUCCUCAAAUAACAGAACACGAGCUGGUUAGUCAGAGAGAUCGCACCAUGCGACAGCUUCGUAUAUCAGAGCUGCUCCGCGAGCAUUCUCAAGAAGCCGACUUGGUUAUAUUAUCUAUGCCUAUCCCAAGAAAAGGCAUCACUUCUGGCUGUUUGUAUCUGACUUGGCUUGACAUGAUGACUAAAGACCUACCCCCGACUUUGCUGGUUCGUGGCAAUCAACAAUCGGUUCUGACCUUUUAUUCUUAA